GAAGAAGAAGAAGCAGUUGAGGAAUUUUUAGUGUGUUUAUCGUUGCACUUUUUGCACGCAUAUUUCGUGAGGUAUUUCGCUGAAUUCGCACAAUUUGGCGUGUGACACGGUUUCUGGGGAAGUAUGAGAUCAUCCUAAGGUUGUGGUGAGACAUCGCGCAGGUGUGUAAGCGCGUCGAGAGUGCGGUGAAAAAGUGUGUGCGUGUCGCGGAUUUACAAGGAAGCGCAGGAAGAAGAGCCAGGAAGAUGAACGGAUUGAACGAGAAGCUGCAGCAGCUGAAGCUCAGGGAGCCGGAGAAGAGUCCCAAGAGAGUCGGCCCACCCAUUCCGCCCAAGCCGAAGCAUCCCAAUCCCAAUUCCAUCACGGGCGAGAGCGUGGCUGUGCGCCACGGAAUCCAGCCGAUCUAUGAUAAUGUGGGCCAGAUGAACACCCUGGACAACUCCAUCGUGCUGGACCAGCAGCUGGCGGCGCUGGAGUAUCACAAGCAGGCACUGGAGGCGCAGAAGCAGCGGAUCACGCCCAGCCCGAAGCCCGAGAACGCCACGCGCAAUGCCGACGGGCUCGUGUACAGCAACAUCGUGCACGCACGCGGACGCGAGGAGAAGAACCUGUACUCCAACAUUCCCUACAAUCGCUCCACGUCGGACGACUUCCCGCCGCCGCCGCCGUUGGAGCUCAAUCCCGAGGCCGGGCUCGAGUACUCGCGUCAUGUGUCGUCGGAGGACGAGCUGCCGCCGCCACCCAGCCCCGUCAGCUCCUCGUACAGCGAACUGCGACGCGCCAUCGACAGUGGCUACCCGACGAUGUCCACGUACGCCGGCGUGCAUCCGGCCGCGGAGCAGAGCCACGGCAACUUCGCGGGCAUCUAUCAGAACGAGUACGGCGCCUAUGCGCCCAUCUCGCAGGAUCACAGCUUGAAUAGCGAUUACUAUGGAUAUGGAACGUCAUCUCAGAACUCGUCGACUUACGAGUCCAUCUACGAGCCCAUCAACCCGCGGCCGGCCAGCGAGAUGUCGUCGCGCUCCAACUAUUCGCUCUACACGCCAUACGGCGGGCGCGAGGCGACGGGCGGCUACAAGGGUGCACCCAAGGAGGCGGAGGUGGACGUGCUGACGGAGAUGCUGGUGCAAUCGCUGGACGGGCACGCGGACGCGGACAGCUACGGUAUGUGCGUGAAGUGCGGCGAGCGCGUGAUCGGCGAGAACUCUGGCUGCACGGCCAUGAACCAGAUCUACCACAUCGAGUGCUUCACGUGCUGCCAAUGCCAGAUCAACCUGCAGGGCAAGCCCUUCUACGCGCUGGAGGACAAGCCGUAUUGCGAGGAUGACUAUCUCAACACGCUGGAGAAGUGCUCCGUGUGCAUGAAGCCCAUCCUCGAGCGCAUCCUGCGCGCCACCGGCAAGCCCUAUCACCCAGGCUGCUUCUGCUGCAUCGUGUGCGGCAAGAGCCUGGACGGCAUCCCCUUCACCGUCGACGCCACCAACCAGAUCCACUGCAUCGAGGAUUUCCACAAGAAAUUCGCGCCGCGCUGCUGCGUGUGCCGGAUGCCGAUCAUGCCGGAGCCCGGGAAGGAGGAGACGGUGCGCGUGGUGGCGCUGGACCGCAGCUUCCAUCCGUCGUGCUACAAGUGCGAGGAUUGCGCGCUGCUGCUGUCGUCGGAGGCGGAGGGGCGCGGCUGCUAUCCGCUGGACGAUCACGUGCUGUGCAAGAGCUGCAACGCCAAGCGCGUGCAGGCGCUCACGAGUCACAUGUCCACUGAGCUUUAGACGAGCGCCAUUGCCAUACAUUCUGUGUAGUCUUAAGCAUAUAUUUCACAUGAUAUUCCAAGAUUGUGGUUAGGAAACGUUUAUUCUUGUCUGUUUUAUUUUAUUUUGCAAAGUUGUUUUGUUAGAAAAAUGAAUGAAAGAAAAAAGAAUCAUGUUGGAGGCCAAGAGAAUAGUGACGAAAUUCUGCAUUCUAUAAUAUGGAUAAAAUAUUGAGGCGCUUAUUGAAUUUUUUCCAUCGUGUGCAACUUUGUAAUGCGAAUUUUUAUGAAAUGCAAUUUUUGUACACGCGUGUUUUGUACUUAAUAAAAUUAUCCAAUACAGCUCACUGGCUGGA